AUGGCAGUCUCAGCCAUCGAUUCUCGCGUCUUUCGCGACCUGUUCGGCACCGCUGAGAUUCGCGACGUAUUCUCUGACGAUGCUUACGUCCGUCGGAUGAUAGAGGUCGAGGCAGCCUUAGCGCGAGCCCAAUCCCGCGCAGGUGUGAUUCCCCCGGAUACUGGGGAGAGCAUUUCGAAGGCUCUGUCGGAUGCAAAGAUUGAUUUCCAACGUCUCUCACGUGAGACAGAAAUCGUUGGUUACCCCGUGCUGCCUCUGGUCCGCCAACUAGUUGAACAAACACCAGCACAACACGCCAAGUAUAUCCAUUGGGGUGCCACAACCCAAGAUAUCAUGGAUGACGCUUCCGUUUUACAGAUGCGACAAGGGAUCGAGAUCGUCGAAAGGUAUCUUGAAGAACUCACCUCCGUCCUGCAGUCGCUUUCACGGACGCAUCGGGACACGCCAAUGGCCGGCCGUACUCACCUCCAGCACGCCUUGCCCUGUACGUUCGGCUACAAAUGUGCCGUGUAUCUCUCCAGCGUUGUGCGUCACGCAGAAAGGCUGAGCGAGCUUCGGAAGAGAUGCUUCCUCGUCCAAUUCGGUGGAGCUGUCGGAACUCUGGCGUCACUUGGCUCAGAUGACACUGGUCCUCGCGUACGCGGUCGUCUCGCACAAGAGCUGGGUCUCGCAGAUCCACCAAUCACAUGGCACGUUGCUCGCGACAACGUUGCUGAGAUCAUCAAUUUCUUAGCCUUGGUCGGUGGUACUUUGGGGAAGAUUGCCUACGACCUGAUUGUGAUGUCGUCAAACGAAGUGGCCGAGGUAUCUGAGCCUUUCGUACCACACCGUGGUGCCUCAUCGACGAUGCCGCAAAAGCGCAAUCCCAUCUCCAGCGAGCUUGUGCUGGCAGCGUCAAAAAUACUCCGAUCCCAUGCUGGGUUGGUUUUGGAUGCCAUGGUGGUAGACUUCGAACGAGCAUCGGGUCCGUGGCAUCUGGAAUGGGUUGCGAUACCCGAGGCUUUCGUACUGGUUGUGGGUGCUCUGCAUCAGACCACUUUCGCCUUCCGCGGCCUCGUGGUAAAUACGGAUGUCAUGGGUAUUAACCUUGCUUCAACAAGAGGGCUCAUUGUCGGCGAGGCGGUGAUGAUGGGCUUAGCACCGUUCCUAGGUCGCCAGGAGGCUCAUGACGUGGUCUAUCAAGCUUGUAAAGAGUCUAUCGAAAGCCAUCAGCCACUGCUCGAGGUCCUUCGUAAUCGGAAGAAGGUCACCGAGCACGUAGGCGAUGCGCAUUUAAGGUUGCUGUGUGAUCCGAAGAACUACCUGGGUGCAAGUCAACUGAUGGUAGACAAAAUGCUAGAGGACAUCGAAGCGCGCAAAGCCUCGAGGUAG